AUGCAGCCAACGAACAGUCCAGAACAGCGAAUGAAAGUGUACGAUAUAGUCAACCCCACCGGUGUCGUAAGCUUUAGGCGCUCAGAUGGUCGCGAAGCAGCUGGAUUGUGGGCUCGAUUUGCCAAGAUCUGGAAUACAAAGCAUGCCGACGGUUCAACUAUAUUCUACAAAUUCCCUCAGUUUCUUCAAGCAUACCAUACAACACGGAAGCAUGCUCAAGAUAUUCGCAAAACCAUAUCAAGAGCCAAGAAUACGCUAAAACAAGUGGUUUAUGUUGAACAACGUUGCAACCAAGCAGUGUCCGCCUUGAAGCGCGUGAGCUACCAACAGUGA